ACCAAGUGUUCUGUCAGAAUUAGUAUCUAAAAGAAUUGUUUUACGUGUAUUUGUGUGAAACUAUAUUUAUUUUAUGUUGUGAAAAAAAAAACAAUAAAGUUACUACCUAAAAACAAAUUUAAUUUGUUUUUGUUUUAAUAGUUUUAUUAUUUGAUAAAAAAUAAAUAAAAAUGCCAGUUUUUCAUACAAAAACUAUUCAUUCAAUUUUGGAUCCUGUUGCCCAACAGGUGUCUCGAUUGAUGAUAUUGCAUGAAGAUGCUGAAGAUGGAAAUGCAAUGCCUGAUCUGGAACGUCCCGUUCAAGCUGUCAGCCUGGCCGUUUCCAACUUGGUAAAAGUUGGAAAAGAAACAAUAAACAGUUGCGAUGAUUCAAUUUUGAAACAAGAUAUGCCAGCAGCAUUGAUUCGGGUUGAAGAAGCUAGUAAACUGCUAGAAGAAGCUUCUGCAUUAUUAAAAGCAGAUCCAUAUUCAGCUCCUGCUAGGAAAAAAUUAAUUGGUGGCAGUCGUGGUAUUUUACAAGGCACAUCAGCUUUACUUUUAUGUUUUGAUGAGAGCGAAGUGCGAAAACUUUUACGCGAUUGUAAAAAAGUUUUGGAUUAUUUAGCAGUUGCUGAAGUUAUUGAUACAAUGGAAGAUUUAGUCCACUUCUUAAAAGAUUUAAGUCCGUGUUUGAGUAAGGUAUCACGUGAAGUUAGUGCCAGAGAGAAAGAAUUAACCCAUCAAGUCCAUGCAGAAAUUUUAGUUCGUUGCUUAGAACAAGUUAAAACAUUAGUACCAAUUUUAAUUUGUUCAAUGAAAAUUUAUACUCAUAUUGUGUCACAAGGAGGUAAAGGAGCUGAAGAGGCUGCUGAAAAUCGUAAUUACUUAACAAAUCGAAUGGCAGAAGAAAUUCAUGAAAUAAUGCGGGUGCUUCAAUUAACAACAUACGACGAAGAUCAAUCUGAGUUAGAUAAUUUAACAGUGCUGAAAAAGUUGUCCAAUACUAUACAUAAUAAGAUGUUCCCAGCAAACGACUGGCUUGGAGAUCCAUUAGCAUUACGGGGAGGGGUAGGAGAAAAAUCUGUUCGACAAAUUUUAGAUAAUGCAUCAAAAAUUGCUGAUCGAUGUUUACCCAAAGAUGCCGAACAUAUUCGAAAACUAGUCGGUGAUAUUCAAACAAUGACUGAUGCUUUAUGUGAAUUACGUCAAGAUGGUAAAGGAAGUACACCUCAAGCUGAAUCUUUAGCACGUAGUAUUAAAGAAAAGUUAGCGGAUUUACAACAGGCAUGUGUUAACGCCGUUGUACAAGUUGAUAAAGCAGGUGUUUUACAAACAGCACACACAGUUCAAGGUCGUUUAGAACAAGCACGACGUUGGUUAAUUGCACCAGGAAAUGAUGAUAAAGGUUUAGGCAAACGUGCAAUUGCUUUAAUUGUUGAAGAAGGUAAAAAGGUUGCCGAAGGUUUACCUGGUGUACAUAAAGCGGAAAUACUUGGUUUAUGUGAUGAAAUUGAAGGAUUAUCUCAUCAAUUAACAGAUUUGUGUAAUAGAGGACUUGGAAAUUCACCACAAGCUCAACAAAUUGCAAAGAACUUAUCGCAAAAGUUGCAUGAGCUUAAAGAAAGAAUUCAAAAUGCGGUUGUAAACCGAGUUGUGGAAGAUUUUAUUGAUAUUACAACACCGUUAAAGCAAUUCACAGACGCUGUUCUCACACCAGAAGGUGUUCCUGGACGUGAUCAAAAUUUCGCUGACAAAGCAGCCACUUUACAACAAUUUAGUAAUCGUGCGGUAAAAACAGCAAAAAUUGUUGCAGCCGGAGGUAGUGGAGGUAAUAAAAAGAUUGCUGAAGCACUUUUAAGUUCCUCGAAUCAAGUUGAAAGUUUAACACCACAAUUAAUAUCCGCGGGACGUAUUCGUAUGUCAUAUCCAGAAAAUAAAGCAGCCGACGAACAUUUUGAAAAUUUACGCCAACAAUACGCUGAUACAAUAAUACGUGUAAGAAAUUUAUGUGAUGAAGCUACCGAUUCUGCGGAUUUUAUUAAAAUAUCUGAAGAACAAAUGCAAAAACAUACAUUUUUAUGUGAAGAUGCUAUUCGAAAUAAACAACCGCAAAAAAUGGUUGAUAACACAUCAAGUAUAGCACGUUUAGCAAAUCGUGUGUUACUGGUAGCGAAGCAAGAAAGUGACAAUAGUGAGGAUUUAGCAUUCAUUGAUAAUGUGAAUAGAGCUGCAAAUAGUUUACAAAAUGCUGUUCCAAUUAUGGUACAAGAUGCAAAACAAGUUGCAAUAAAUCCGUCAGAUGCAAAUGCUGUUUCAAGAUGGCGUGAAUCAAAUCGUAUGCUUUUAGGUGCAGUUGGUCAAGUUCACAAUGCUGUAAAAAUAAAUCCAGAACUGCCGCCAUACCCUGAUAUAAACAAUUUACACUUAAACGAAAAUUCGUCAUCCCCUCCGCCAAUUUAUAAUUACUUUGUGGAAAAAGUUGGGGAACCUUUAAGAAACGUACCGAGUCCUGGGGAAAAUUUAGAUAAUUCUACUAGUCCGAUACCUCAACAUUUGACACGAACUGUUAGCCCAUUACCAAAGUGGGCCCGAGGUGACAAUGCUGAUCUAUUAUAUCAAGAAUUAUCAACGAAUAAUCAUGACGAUAGUAAUACACCUAAUGUCACAUUUCAACAAGAACCAGCUCCACCUAGACCGCCUUUACCUCAAGGAGAAACUGUCCCAAUACGACCACCCCCACCAGAAACAGAUGACGAGGAUGAAGUUUUUAAAAAAAUUCCUCAUCCAAGUCAACCUAUUAUGGUUGCUGCACAUGGGUUACAUCAAGAAGUACGACAAUGGUCAUCAAAAGAUAAUGAAAUUAUUGCGGCAGCUAAAAAAAUGGCUUUAUUGAUGGCUCGUUUAUCUGAAUUAGUACAAAAAGAUUCAAAGGGUAGCAAGAGAGAAUUGAUUGCAACAGCUAAGGCAAUUGCUGAAGCUAGUGAAGAAGUUAGUCGAUUGGCACGAGGUCUUGCACGGGAAUGUACUGAUAAGCGUAUACGUACAAAUCUGUUACAAGUUUGCGAACGGAUACCGACUAUUGGUACACAAUUGAGAAUAUUAUCCACUGUGAAAGCGACAAUGUUAGGUGCACAAGGUUCUGAGGAAGAUCGAGAAGCAACCGAAAUGUUAGUUGGUAAUGCACAAAAUCUAAUGCAAAGUGUUAAAGAAACAGUUCGAGCUGCAGAAGGUGCAUCCAUUAAGAUUCGUUCAGAUCAAGCCGGACCUAGGUUACGCUGGGUUCGUAGACAGCCGUGGUAUCAAUAUUAAAUCGACGAAAAGUUACCAUAUUGGCAGUAUGAAGAGCUUACUAUUUUAUUUAUAAUUACUGAAAACCUAUAAGCAAUAAAGAAGUAUACCUGACACACAA